UUAGGGAAAAGGUAUUUUUCACUACAGAACUCCUUUAAGUAACUGUUUCUUGGGGAAAAUGUCUGUGAAUGCCCGCUCCACCUCCCCCCCGGUUAUUCUGCUGUUCACUCUGUAAUACCGGGCCUGUAAUUGCAAAACAAAGCCCUAUAGAGGAUGCAGGUGAAUUGUAGUGGGGUGUGGAUGAUGUACUCGAAACCAAAGAAGCAUAAGACACAAUGUUAGAGACAGGAAGUGGUGAUGAUUGUCACUUCACAGAACACUAUCGCUCGUACACAGAGUGACUUCUUUCCCUUCGUGCCUGGUGGUGAGAUCUGUGGACAAGCCAGGGGCACACAGAGAGCACUGUUACCCGGCUAAAUCGUCUUUGCGGAGUUAUUGGUGAAGAUCAAAUAUGAGGACCGACUGCUGAAAAGUCCUAUUUCCUCAGUGCCUCCGUUACUUGGUUAGGUUUCCUGAGAUGUUCUCUGGAAUUUGGACACUGGAAGGCCGCAACUGGAAAAGGUCACACUCUUCAAAGCCAGUGAUUGUAAGAGUUGUUAGCAGCUAUAUGGUCAAGGUUGCUGAUGGAAACACCAUUAAUCUGAAAGAAGGUGACGUCCUUCUACUGCUAAACAAGCUUGAUAAAGAUUGGUGGCUAGUCAGGAAAAUUGGAGAUUGUGAAAAAAGCCAUCCAUUCAAUGUGCCCACUUCUUAUAUCAAUGAACUUAUCACUCGCAGGAAUCUGGGACCCCGAAGCAAAACUGAACGUAUAGCAAGCAAACUGUUUCAUAGAUCACAGGACAACCUCCUCAUUCCCCCAUUCUCCUGCUCAAAAAUGGAAGAACAAAGUUGUAGCUGUGGAAAUUAUGAGGACUCACAACAAAAGGAUCCCAUUGAGCAUAAAUCUAUGGGCAGCUUGACAAGAGCACAUAAAAAGAGUGCCAGCUUCUCCCUGAGUUCCUCUUGGCAUGGACAGUUCCCAAAAGGUGAAAGGCAGAAAAACUCAUUCCACAAGUGCGUUUCUGAAAAGGUGAGCCUGGCUAGCACAAUGCAGGAUACUACACCAAUCUACUGCAACUUGGAAGAGAUGAAGCAGAGGAAAGGCGCUCCUCCCAGCCCUAUGUGUUCUCCUGUCCACAUAGUGGACAACUGGGAAUAUCAUGUUGACCCAAUCACAGGCAGGAAUUUCUUUAUUAACAUAGAGACCAGAGAAAAAACAUGGAAGCCACCAAGGAGGUCUAAAACCUCAGGACUUGCAGUAGCACCCUCAGCAGAUUUUGAUUCAAAUGAAGAGAGUGAUGAUCCCUCAUCUAAAUCACAACCCAAGAUCAGUUGUCCUGAGGACCAUAUUACCAACAUCGACACCAGCUUGUCAUCUUCCUGCAGCAGUUUAUGCAGCCCCAGCAUUGACGUAGAGAAGCCAAGACUCAGCUACACCAGGUCCAUGGUCCUCUCCAAUUCACAAAGACCAAAGACGGGUCACAGGAGGAACCUGUCACAUCACAUGGUUGAAGAUUUUAAUAAUGCAAACUUAAGUGCAGACCUUAACAAGUUCAGCCCCGUCACAGUUCUGGAUAUUCCCCAUGAGGUUGAAAAAGCAGGCCAGCUAAACAAGACCAAGAUAGCAGAAGGUGGAAGGAAGCUGAAAAAAAAUUGGACUACGUCUUUAGUAGUUUUGACUGGAAACAGCUUAGUAUUUUAUAAGGACCCAAAAGUUCAGGCCCCAUCAGGUUGGAAACCAUCUAAUAGUAAGCCUGAGAGCAGCAUGGACCUCCGAGGCGCCAGCAUAGACUGGGCUCAAGACAUGUCUAGCAAAAAGAAUGUCAUUCAUCUCCGCAUGGUAACGGGCAAUGAGUUUCUUCUGCAGUCUGACAAGGAGGGUGUUGUCCAGGAGUGGUAUGAUGCCCUGCAAAGAAUUAUUGAGAGGCUGGAACGGGAAAAUCCAUUGGAGGAUAUAAUUUUGAGGAGAGCAGGAAGUAUGGAGAUUCUGGAUGGGAGUGGUGGUGAAGAGGACAGUCCUUUAAAGACGAAAGAUCACCGGAUGUUCUCAUUGUCCUGGGUGAGCAAUAAUGUUGGAAGUGUGGAUAGAAAGAAAGUAAAGCAUAGGUUAAAGAAGAUGUUACAAAAGAGGCCUCCCCUCCAGACCUUACAAGAGAAAGGUCUUAUUAAAGAUCAAGUAUUUGGCUGCCGGUUGGAUGCUCUUUGUUAUCGAGAGCACAGUACGAUCCCUAAGUUUGUUCGGCUUUGCAUAGAAGCAGUGGAGGAAAAAGGGCUGGAUAUAGAUGGCAUUUACAGGGUAAAUGGAAAUUUAUCCAUCAUACAGAAACUGAGAUUCAUUGUAGAUAGAGAAAGGGCAGUAACAACAGAUGGACGAUACCUUUUUCCGGAGCAGCUCACCCAAGAAGAGAAGCUGGAUUUGAACAGCCCUGACUGGGAAGACAUUCACGUCAUCACGGGGGCGCUAAAAAUGUUUUUCCGUGAACUUCCAGAACCCAUCAUCCCUUUCAACUUGUUUGAUGAAUUUAUAGCAGCUUCACAAAUUUCUGAUGUCGAUGAGAAAGUGCAAACCUUUAAAGAACUAGUGAGAAAUCUCCCUGAGCCAAACCAUGACACCUUGAAGUAUAUAAUAUGUCAUCUGAACAGGGUCAGAGAACACGCCGAGAUGAAUCGUAUGACCACUCAGAACGUCGGCAUUGUUUUUGGGCCCACACUGAUGAGACCAGAGAAAGAACUGUUUACGAACAUUGCUGCCAAUAUGGUGUAUCAAAACCAAGUUGUAGAAAAUUUACUUGCUCACUAUGAAGAGAUCUUCCAGGACAGUCCAGAAGAAUGUAGAAAUUCUCCCUGUACAGAAACUGAAUGUGCAGCUAAAUCUCACAUAAUACUGUCCACCCCGCUGUAGGACUGCAAACUGAAGAGUAGCUUCAUGGAGAAUAUCCCUAUUGCUUUCCAGUCCUUCUUCGUCAUGAUUGAACAUUUAUGUUAGGGAUUUAAAGCAAACUGUAGAAGGUAUUUAAGGUACGAUGACUGUGUUCAUAGCUAUCCAUUAAAGAAAUACAUGAGGUUAUUUAGUUGCUGUACCGAAUGGCUCAGACAUAUUCCAAAUCCUGUUGGAAGAGACAGUCCCAGCUGGAGACACACACUGGAAGGGAUUGCUGGCAAGGUCCAUACUAUGUUGAAUGCAGAUGUUGAAAUGAAUUGUAACAUAUUGUUUUAUUUUUAUAUUGAGCAUACAAUAUUACAAGGUUGCCACUUUUCAUCUUGUCUUUAUGUCAUUGAGCAGAUAUUAGGAAAAAUGUGUUUUGUAUAUGCCGCCUAAUUCUUUACCUUUGACACCCCGGCUGUUGCAAAACUACCAUUUCCAGCAUGUCUCAGGUGCCACAGGCUGUUUAGUUUCCUGUAUAAUAUUGUUUAUAGUGCUUUUUGGGGAAAACACGGUCUAAAUUUUGGGCCACACCACAGAAAGAUGUUGCCCGCAAUCUAGUUCUGUAUUUCUCACCUCCAUAUUUCAUGUGGAAAGCAUGCAGUUCUGUUCAUCCAGCCAAUAAAUGAGCUGUACAGAGUUGUAGUUGUUGUCUGAGGGCUUCAUGUAAGCAUGGUUCAUGUCCAUGUUAGUUCCAUACUUGGAACUUUCCAGUUAUGAGGCCAGUGUUAGUGAAUGCAGCUAUUCACAGAGCUGUUUGUUAUUACACCUGUUUUUCAGUACACAGUAUGUCCUAUUGUUGUCCAUAUUGGUUCUACAUUUUCCACAUUUUGCAAUAGUGGUUGACACAAUUUGUGGCAUAUUAUUUGGGUUGACAUCUGUACUUGAUCAUUUUUUAUCUGUAAUAUGGAAUAAACAUGGGUGAAAAUACAAAAGAUUAACAUUUCUCCUACAUGCAUGUAUGUCAGAAUGCUCUGUUUGGAGUCCUUAAGCCAAAAUGGACUUUCAUGCUGCCUGAACCACAAGCCAUCCGAGUGGUUCCCAAUGGCCUCUGCCUACCCUCCAGCCUUGAUUGAUAGUUCUCUUUCUAUACCCAAACAGAGAGAGAGAGAGAGAGAGAGAGAGGGGUCUAUCAAGUCUGAUGGGGCAGGGAAAAGCCACCAGGAACUACAGAAUGACUUGGAGUUUGGGCAGCAUAAAAGUGAUAACGGGUUUUCUUUAAGUCAUUUAUGCAAAUUGCAAAAGAGAUGACAAUAAAAAAAUAAAUAAAAAAACACACAGUUAAGAGACUGAAAGGUUUAUUCAAACACUUAAUACAUUUGUUAUAAUGGUGGCAAUCUGCACACCACAGCAAAAUAAUCUAUUUAUAUGAUAAUUUACAUCUCAUGCAAGAAUACAGUCUAUGGCAGCACACUGUUUUGUGGUAUUGUGCUUGUUUUAUUUACUAUGAUAUCUAAAGUUCUUAUUUUUAUUAUUAGUGAAUAUAUUGCUGAGUUGCUUUUAUAGUCUGUAAUUAAAUAGUUAAAACGUGCUCUCUGUCUAUGGAACAUACAGAAAUAUCAUGUUAAUCAUACAUGUAUUUUACAGGGAUAGCUUACAUUUACAAGCAGGUGCAUCUAUCAUUUGGUAUUAGAGAGUCAUGGAAUAUCUGGAAAUCGGCAUACACAUAUAGUUCAUGCAGUUUCUGCUGGUAAAUAUUACACUGCAUAUGUGUUCAACAUAACAAUUAAAUAUGACAUAAAAUAUGUAAAUAAUGUACAAGCCAAAAUCCUAUUUACAAAAGUUAUAAAAAUAAUUUUAUACCCAUUUACUAAGCAAGUGCUUGUUUAUCAGUCAAUCCCUAGCCCCAUUACAUAAGGUCAUGUUGGCCUGUUCGGCUGAUAAUCAUUCCUUGUAAUAGGGUCCUUGAUCUGAAACAAUAUGACUAAAAGGGGUACUCCAACAGAAAACAUUCUUUUUUU